CUUCCUCUCCCUCUUCUUCUUAUUUUUCGUUCUCCUCCUGUGCUGUCAUCUCUACAUACUCUCAAUUGUUCGAUAUUUCAAUGGCAGUAGCAGCAGCCCGUCCUUUUAAUCCCAACGAUUACCCGGUAGUCAUUGGCAUCGAUUUCGGUACCACUUUCUCCGGAUGUUCUUAUGCUUUUAUACAAAACGACGAAGUUGUGGACAUUGUCAGAUGGCCCAAGCAGAACAAUAACGUUUAUCCAAAGACACCUACACUUAACUUUUACCAUGGCAACUCGAAUCAAAUGACACAAUGGGGUAACGCAGCUCGACUUGAGAUGCAACGGCCAACGGCUCGUAACUCGGUGCUGUUAAAGCAGUAUAAGCUAUAUUUGGAUGAAAAUAUUGCCAAAGACCUUCCUCCCCUUCCUAAUGGCUUGACGAUUGUCGAUGCUAUUGCCGAUUAUCUCGGUGCUUUCCACGAUCACGUUGUUAACGAACUCAAGAAGGGUUUUGCCCGAAACUAUGGACAGCAUCAAUUCCGAUACGUAAGUUACAAGAAAAAACACAUACCUGUGUAUGGGAGGAGGAUGAGGGGGGGGGUACACACACAAUAUAGGGAACGAAAAGGAGGAAGCAACGACCGACAGUUAGUAGCCGGACAUGGGAUAACAUAUACAACACAAUGCAUGCAGUGCUUGACGGUUCCCGCCAUGUGGUCCGAUAAGGCAAAGAGCACUAUGCGUGACGCAGCCAUCAAAGCAGGCUUGAUCACUGAAAAUGACCAUCGCGACCGGCUCAUGCUCAUCUCAGAACCCGAAGCCGCAGCGUUGUACUGUGAGAAGAAGUGUGAUCAGUUCAACCUCAGACAUGGUGAUCGAUUCAUGAUUUGUGAUGCUGGUGGUGGUACUGUCGAUUUGAUUGUGUUUGAGAUUGAUGAGCGAACGGGCCGUAAGCUUCGAGAAUGCACAAAAGGUCAUGGUCAAUCGUGUGGUUCCGUGUUUUUGGACCGACGUAUGCGCAAGUUGCUGAAAAAGAAGUUCAAGGAAUACCUGUCGUCGAUCCCAGCAUCUGCUUUUGAAACCAUGAUGGAUACAUUUGUCGAUCUGAUCAAGCCACAGUUCGACGGCGUAGAGGACCAAUUUAUCUCGCUGCCAGCCUCGAUGAACUUGGACUCGCUCAACAACCCGGCAAUCGGUUUGGAGGAUGGCAUGUUGUGCAUCACGGCUGCUGAGCUGAAGCAGGAAGUAUUCGAGCCGGUGAUCCGUGAGGUGUUGGCACUGGUUGAAGAUCAGCUUAUCAAAGCACAGUCGUUGCAGGCUGUGUUCCUGGUCGGUGGUUUCGGUUCUUCCAAUUAUCUGUUUGAACGGGUGCAGCAGGAGUUUGCAUCCCGUGUAGGAUUGGUGGCUGUCCCUCCUCGUUGUGAGUUGGCUGUUGUGCGUGGCGCUGUAUACUUUGGUCUGAACCCCCGAGUUGUCACUACGCGUAUUCCCCGAUAUUGGUACGGUAUCGACACGACCACCACCUUUGAAGAAGGCAUCGAUCCUCCAAGCUACAAAAUCGUACGAGCGGAUGGCAGUGUACGCUGUGAUAACCGUUUCUCGGUCUACGUACGACGUGGGGAGCCCCUUGACAUCGAUAACUGCGUGUCGAAAGACUUUUUUGCGUACUACCCUCAUCAUACCACAUGUACACUCUAUGCUGCUGACACUGAGGAACAACCCCGUUAUACAACUAGUCCUGGCGUGCGUAAGGUCGCCAACUUCACCAUCCCUAUGCCAACACUUCCAGGUGUCAUGGAAGGCGAGAAGGUUGACUUGUCUAUAAAAAUGUACUUUGGUGAAGUCGAACUUCGAGUAGAAGCCGUUAUUCGUGGUAAAACAUAUGGCACGACAUGCACGUUCGAUACGGAUUAAGAUCGCACCAUAUCCAUUUUUUUUAGAAAGAACACAGAAAAAAACGCACGACAACAAACAAUCCGAUAUACACCCUUCCUACACAAACACCCACACUCUCUUCUCCUUUUACCAACCCAACUACUUUUCUCUUUUUAUUGUACUACUUGUUUCUCGUGAAAUACCAAAGGCUUCAUUUUUUUUUCUGUCUGCUACCAAAAACUGUGACAGGCAGGCAAUGUCUUUCUGUGCCUCGUGUAGAUUAAUUGAUAUGCUGGCGAUUUAUGUAUAUAUACCGUGCGAUGUGUAUAGCAAGAGUUAGAAGUCGCAUCAAACUUGUCGUAUGCACUCACACCACUGUGCUAGUUUGUAGGAGCACUGAAUAGGGCAAAAGAGCAGCAUUUCAUAUGUCAGUAGCGUAUACAUCCAUUCAGUAUAACUGCUAACUGAGCGCUUGAGUGUGACGUCAGUUCAGCGCCGACAGACUCUCAGCAAAAAAACC